UUUUUCUUUUUCUUUUUCACUUUUCUCUAUCCAUGACUUCGAACGAAGAAAACACCAAAGAUAAGAUAACAAAGGCAGAAGCUACAACAAUUACUGACCAUGAAGAUGAGGAAUUUACAGUAGUUGAUGUCAGUUCUUCAUCUGAUACCAAUGAAGUCACAUCUUCUAUUCCUUCGUCACAACAUACCGAAGAAGAUACCAUCAUGAUACAGCACUCCAAAGAAAACGAGGAUAAGAACAAUGAAACCAAGGAAGAACACGUCGAUUCUUCUUCCAACCGAACAACUACAACAGUAACAGCAGCAACGACAACAACGACAAUAAUGAACCCCUCUCCAGAUAUCGAUACCACUUUGACCGAGAUUUCCAACGUAUGGGAAGAAACUACGACUGUACCUACUUUGACAACACCCACUCUGACUGUCACUGAAGCCACUUCCGAUCCUUGGAAAGAUGAACGAUUACACAAACAACAUGAUGAAGACACUGACUAUGAGCAUGUUGAAGAUGACAAUGAAAAGGAAGCUGCUGACUCGAUUGAACCUGUUAUCGAUGCUUCUGUCAAAAACUCGCCACCUAUUUUAGAUACCGAAACUUCUCAUCGAAAGGGAUUUCAAAAUGCAAACGAUAUGGAUGAAAUCUUGGAUCUUACAAUAUCAGGACGACUUCCAGAUUGGCUUAUUGGUGAACACUAUACUAUUGGCCCUGGUAUCUAUGAUGUCAAGUAUCUUCGCAAAGUAGAAAUCGAUGGAGAAAUUCAGCAUGCUUCUAGCUACUUUACAUUUGGUCAUUGGUUUGAUGCAUUACCUUUGGUAAAUCGAUUUGAUAUUAAUGGUGCUCGUAAUACCAUCAGCUAUCGCAACCGUCUACCUAACAAGAGACUUAUUGAAAAGAUUCGCGAUCAUCAUGGAUAUACCCCACCUCAUCCUGCAAGUGUAUUCAAAACAAAUAGCAACCAAUCGGUGUUAUCCAAAUUUAUGAAAUCAAAUGUCAAGGCCUCAAAACCUGAUGCUGAAAUCUGUGGUGCUCGUAUAUUACCUAGUAUUCCUGGUGUUGUGGGUCGUCUGUUUGCUCAAAAUUCUGCUAAACAUAUUCAAGAAUUGGAUCCAUUUGAUUUGAAACCUACUCGAAUCUUCACUUGGGAUGAAAUCAAUCCUGCUUUCAAAGGUUAUAGUUCUUGUCCAAAUGGUCAAUUCGAUGCACAAACUGGUGAAUAUAUCAAUUUUACUAUGGAGGUUGGGUAUCAAUCAUCUCAAUAUCAUUUUUUCUCCAUUUCCGAUCGUGAUCCUCGUGGAACUGUCAUUGCUAGCAUCGCUGCGCCGACUGCAUAUAUCAACAGCUUUUCUAUCACUCCCAAAUAUAUUAUCUUUGCCUUGUUCCCUAUGAUUGCCAACUCUGGUGGAAUGAAAUUUACUUGGAAUGAAAGUAUUCUAGACUCAUUCAGUUUCGCACCCAAUGAAUCUACCAUGUUUUAUGUUAUCUCUAGGGAAAAGAAAGCACUGAUUGCCGUCUUCCGAACUUCAUCUUGUUUUGCCUUCCAUCAUGUCAAUGCUUUUGAAGAUUUAGAACAACGUGGAAACAACGUUCAUGUGGAUAUGAUAUGUUACUCAGACGACACCAUCGCUCAUCAAUUAUCUACUGGAUCACUGAGACAUCCUGAAACUAUGACGCCUUCUCGAUUAGCAUCUUCUGAAGUUCGACGUUACACACUCGUCAAUAUUGAAGAAGAACAUUUGGCUUUCCUUGCAAACCAAUCCCCACUUCCUGGUGUUGGUGGCAAUUCUACUGGUGGAUUCUCUGGUAGAUUUGCAUCUACUGUUGGUAACCUUUUCCGCAAUAACAAGAAUAAAUCGAUUCCAAACGCAGCAGCAGCAGCAACAGGUGGUGAUGAUGGAAAAAUAUCAAGUUAUUCAUGGAUACCUCUUGCAACAUAUGAACUCAUUGUGCAACCUUCUUUGGAAUUACCUCAUAUCAAUCCUCAUUAUAACAUGCACAAAUACAAUUACAUGUAUAGUCUUGGGUUUUCAGCUGCAAGUUCGAUCAUGGAUGGACAAGUGUGGAAUAGUAUUGUCAAAACGAAUGUGAACGAUAAAUCGAUUGUGGCAUCCUGGCAUCAAGAAAAUUGUUAUCCCAGUGAAGCGAUCUUCAUUCCACGUCCUUUGGAUGGUAGUCAUGUACAACAUCAAGAAGAUGAUGGUGUUUUGGUCAGCGUAGUCAUGGAUUCAGCACGUGGUAUGUCAUUUUUGUUGAUUUUGGAUGCGAUCACCCUUCAUGUGUUGGCAACGGCGGAUCUUGGCACAUUGGUACCUGUUAGUUUUGCUCAUGGUACAUAUAGACUUAGGAACUAGUAUAUAUAUAUAUUUUUUAUUUAUUUAUAGUUGUAGUACGUUAUUUAAAUCAUGAUCAUAUUAAUAAAAAAAGAGAAAAUUGUAUC